AUGGACAUAAAAGCUAUGAGGUUGUUAGGAAAACGGUGGUUUAGAUUGGCAUUAUUUGGCUCUGGAGAGGCUGUUUGCUUUGGUAUUGCCAUGCUUAUAUACGACAUGAGAGUAGAUGAUGAAGUAAGUUUUACUAAAGCCAUAGCUACCGUAAUUCGUUUUUACUUCUCUGUUUUCCUUUGUAAACGUCUAUUGAUAUAUAUAUACAAUUUACAAAAGCUCGUUCAAAUAAUUCGGCACCCACAAGCCCCGAAUAAUAACUUUGAUAGGGGGCACAGAAUUUUUUAAACAACCUAAUAGAUAUGAAUAAUGUAUGAAUAAGCUUUAUUAUGCCACAUGUCUACCUAAAGUACGUUUAGUUUCACGUUUGUUUCUCACACAUAACACUGAAUAAAUUACAGGUGUUCCAUAACAUAACCAUAGACAGAUUUCCGUAUCAAAAAGAAAUGUUUAGUGGAACGGUAAGCAUCAAAUGCUCAGUUAUUGUAAAGUGCUUCUACCCUGUUCCUCUUUACCCUCAUCCUAUCCUAGCCUGCCCUGCCCUACCCUACCCUACCCUACUCUACCCUACCCUACCCUACCCUACCCUACCCUACCCUACCCUACCCUACCCUACACUACCCUAUCCUACCCUACUUUACCCUACCCUACCCUAAGCUACCGUACCCCUUCCUACUCUACCCUACCCUACUUUACCCUACAAUCAUAUACUGUACCGUAUCCCACCCUUUUCAAGGGUACCACAUCCUAACCUAUCGUACUGUCAUUUGCCUUGCCUUGUCUUGUCCUGUCCUACAUGGCCCUGCCCUAUCCCACCUUGCCUUACGCUGUCAUGCCCUGCCCUACCGUACCCUAUCAACCGUGCCGCAUCAUGCCCUUUUUAACCUGCUCUUGCCCAGCCCUGUUUUGUCGUCCGCCUUACCGUGCUUUUUCUUGCCCUACCCUACUCUACUCUACCUUACCCUAACCCACCCUACUUUAAUCCCACCAUAACUAUAUAUAAAUAUAUCACAGUUUCCAUUUUUAGGUCUGGUUCGGCUACGACUACCAAAACAGUCCACAUGCCAAUGUUUUUCUAAUAUCAGCCUUAAUAUUGGCUCCGUUAUCCUGUUCCUACAAUUUCCUAUGUGCCUUCCUAAUCAUUUUGAAACUACGCCAAUUUAGACAUCAUUUCACACAGAAAAGCUAUAGCUUACAUUUACAACUAAUGUUGGCACUACUGGUUCAGACAACAGCUCCACUUUUGUUGUUUAUCAUGCCUAUUAGCUACGUUUUUGCGUCGGCGUUCUUCUUGGUUAGAGGGACUCUUACUGUAAGUUUUAGGCUAAAUAAUACAGUUUUCUUACGCUGGCCUUACUUAUAGUCUUAGUCUUAGCCCUUGCCUUAAUCGUACGCCUACCCCAAGCUCUAGCCUAACAUUUUCCCUAGCUCUAAUUUAAAGCCUGGUAUGAAGCCUAGCCUAAAGACUAAUCUGAAGCCUAGCCUAUUCCUUGUAUGAAGCCUAGCCUAUAGCCUAGUAUGCAGCCUAGCCUAUAGCCUCGUCUGAAGCCUAGCCUAUAUCCUAGCCUAAAGCCUAGCCUAAAGCCUAGCCUAAAAUCUAGCCCGUCAAAAGGUCAGAUCCAAAGCUACAAUAAUAUUGAAUAUCUUAUUGCACCCUAUUUCAGAAUGAAACUACCAAGUAUAUGCCGGUUUUGGCAUUAGCAAUGCAUCCGAUCAUCAACCCACUCACUACAAUCUUCUUCAUAGCACCUUACCGCAACGCGGUUUUAGGACAACUCAAUGGUAGUCGGCGUGAGCAUAGUCCAACUGUCACUAUCACUGUUUCUGAGUAUUUAUGA